AUGGCCCGACGCAAACCCGUGUCCAUCAAACAACGAAAAGCUGAGCUGCAACUGAAGCGGGCGAUCAAGCGCGGUGAUGCAGAGCCUGAGACCAGGAAGCCCACUCCCAAGGGGAAGGCUCGCCGGCGUGCUGCUACCCAGGACGGGCCACCGAGACCUGCUGCUGAUAGGGAGGCCAUCGUUGAAUCGGCAAGAAGACUUCAAUCUGCCUUCGUGAAGCUGACACCCGAGUACUUGCAACAAACGAAGGAACUGGCUGGUUCCUUGCCACUUCAGAGGCCCAUUCCAGCCAGCAAGGGUUUGUACCCCCUUGAUCUGACCGUCGGCUCAAGCAGCUUCAACGAUCCAAGGAGGGAAAAGUAUAAAAUUCCUUUGACAUGCCCUAAACGACCGAAGUGGCGCUUCGAGAUGUCGAAGAAAGAAGUUGAGAGCAACGAGGAAGGUGUACAUCGCAAGUGGCUCGAGCAUACGGAUGCCGUCUUCGAGGAUUGGACCGCGAAUGACACAAGUGCUAGUGUCUACAGCAUCAGUGAUCACGACUCCAUGAAUGUUGUACGCGACAUCAAGAUGCCGAGAUCACCCAGUUACUUCGAAAGAAAUUUAGAGGUAUGGCGCCAGUUGUGGCGCGUCACGGAGAUUUCGCAGAUCGUAUUAGUUCUCCUCGAUUCGCGCUGCCCACUCCUCCAUUAUCCUCCUUCGCUGGCAGCAUACCUCGCUGAGCACAAAACGCUGCGUGUGAUCCUGGUCCUCACCAAGGUGGAUAUAGCAGGCAUAGAGCGCGCUGAGGCUUGGACGAGGUAUUUACAAGCUCAGUACCCGAAUGUGCGGAUCAUACGGGUUGAAGCAUACGCAAGAGAGACGGGUGCGAAACAGGCUGCGAAGGGGAACCUGACGCAUAGGCCAUACCUGCCCUCACAAUUCAGGGAGGACUUGGUGCAUGCCAUCAAGGAUGCCCAUGAAGACCUGCUGCGGCCUCCGGAGACAAUUCGCCUAGACGAAGCGAAAUUGAAGCGGUGGAAGAGCCCAGUGAAGAAGGAUAUAGAUUGGGAUAAUGUCCUCGCCGCCAACGGAGGGCUGGUCGGUACCGCCGUCGGCGGUCCGGCACAAGUCAGGACCAGUAGCUCGAAUCCCGUGACCGACGCGAAUCAUAUGGAGACUCCUUCCGAAUUCCUCACCGUGGGCCUGAUCGGUCAGCCAAAUGUUGGAAAAUCUUCAUUAUUGAACGCACUCUUUGGCGCCGUGAAGGUUCGGGCGUCACGUACGCCAGGCAAAACCAAGCAUUUCCAAACCCUUUUCUGGAGUCCUGAUGUCCGCCUGGUCGACUGCCCCGGCCUCGUUAUGCCCAACUUCGUACCGAUGGAAACGCAAGUUCUUGCUGGGAUUUUACCGAUCUCACGUAUUUCGGCUAUCCCGGCUUGUAUUCACUACGCCGCCGGGCUGCUUCCCUUGGAACGUAUCUUUGGCCUGGAGCACCCUUCGAUCCUGACAGAAGGGACGGAGGAUAAACGCACGUGGAGGGAUGGAAGGCGGCAGACCUCAGAGGAACAUCCGCGGAGAGAUCCAACUUGGACAGCGAUGGAUAUUCUGACCGCUUAUGCGACCGCUAAAGGCUGGGUCACAGCGAAGGCAGGAAGGCCGGACAUCAAUCGCGCUGGUAAUGCGAUCCUCCGAGCUCUUGCAGAGGCCAGAGUACCCUGGGCUUUCUGGCCGCCUGACCGCUUGCUCACAAGUGAAGACCAUGGUCAUGGUAUAUGGAUAUACAACUCAGUUGCGAAUAGCUCCGCAUGGCUAUACGACGAGAAUGGGGAUGAAGCCUCCGAUUGCGACAUCAAGGGCGAGGCCGACAUGACAUCCGAAUCAGAUGGAGAGGACGGAGACUACUCGACUGGGACAGACAGCGUGUCGGAGACUGAUAACGGUGCGCCCGAAGCUCUUACGACUCCUCGGGCACGGGUCGGGGGCAUGUUCGCGGCACUCGCAAUAAACGAGGAAGAGCCUGAGACCUCUGGAGAAGGCAGUGAAGAAUCGGACUGCGAUCGGAAUUAA